AUGUGGCUUUUUAUUAUCAUAGCAUAUUUAUCUCAAGGAAUAGUCGGUUCAGAAAAGUCCACAUCAGAAGAUCGUUUGGAGAAAUAUACAGUGGAUCCUGAGUGCUUUUUAAAUGUUAGUGAACUUAUCAGUUAUCAUGGUUAUCCAAGCGAGGAACAUCAUGUUGAGACAGAAGAUAAAUAUAUCCUUACAGUUUAUAGAAUACCUCAUGGAAAAUACAAUUGUGGUGACAAAGGUCCCAAGCCUAUUGUGUUUUUGCAACAUGCUAUACUUGGAGAUGCUACCCACUGGCUUUCAAACUUGCCCAACAACAGCUUUGGUUUCAUAUUAGCAGACGCCGGCUAUGACGUUUGGUUGGGAAACAGCAGAGGGAACACCUGGUCUUCACAUCACAAGACACUUAAACCAACUGAGCAGAAAUUCUGGGAGUUUAGUUUUCACGAGAUGGGAUACUACGACAUUCCAGCAGUAAUAUGCUACAUAUUGAAUGAAACAGGGCAAGAACAUCUUUAUUAUGUGGGCCAUUCUGAAGGUUCUUCAAUCGGUUUCCUAGCAUUCUCUACUUGGCCAAAACUUGCUGAAAGAAUCAAAUUAUUCAUUGCUUUGGGACCUAUAACCACAAUUACAUAUGUAACAACACCUGCUCUAAAUUUGGCAUAUGUUCCUAAAGUAAUGCUUCAAGUUUUCUGGGGCACAAAACAAAUUCUUCACACUUCCGUUUAUCUGAGAAAACUAUUCACUAAAUUCUGUAAUUAUCAGCCUGGAUUCUGUGCCCGCUUUUUAUCUUUUAUAUGUGGAAAUAAUAUCCCCAACAUAGACAUGGGCCGACUAGAUAUGUAUGUAGCGCAUUCUCCUGCUGGAACAUCUUUCCAAAACCUUCUUCAUUGGCUCCAGGUGUUUUUUGAAAAACAGUUCAAGGCAUAUGACUACGGCUUCCAUGAAAAGAAUAUGCAGAAGUAUAAUCAGACAACUCCUCCCGUAUACAAGAUAGAAGAUAUAAAAAUACCAAUUGCAUUCUGGACUGGUGGACGUGACCUGUUCACUCAUUCAAAAGACGUAGCUUUGCUACGCUCUCAAAUUAGUAAUCUUGUGUCUGAAAAUCAUAUACCUGAAUGGCAGCAUUUAGACUUCAUCUGGGGACUUGAUACCCAUGAGCGCAUGUACGUGAAGAUCCUUGAGAUGAUGAAGCAAUAUGCAUAA